UACUAAAAUCUUCUCGACAUUAACACAAGUUUCAUAGUCUUGUUGCCCAUCCACCUUAAUGCUAAACUUUCCAACAAACUGUCAAACAAUCCCAGUCAUUUCAAAACAAAGCUAGAAAUACUUAGCACAGAUUGUAAUCAUUGGUUUAAGUGAUCAAGUUGCAGUGCUUCCAACAAACUUCUUAGACAGUUUUGUCUGUAAACUUUGUUAUUCGCAACGUUCACUGAUCGAUACAUUUAUUAUAUCGUCGUGUCAAUAACUUAACGACCAAAGUGAUAAACGACGAGCAAAACAACAUUUUCUCAAAAUUAAUCACAGUUUAAUGUCCGUGAAGGGCUUCCAUAACUCGCAGAAUCAAAUUUCUAUAUUACUGCUAAUGGAUCGCGCAUCUUCGUUAACCAAUUUUACUAUAAUAACCUUGUACAUUGGUACUACAUUAAAAGCUCUUCAUACAAGUACAUCAGGUAAACAAUGAAUUGUUCCCUGAAUUACAUUUCCAAUGAAACAUUCAUAGAUAGUCGAUAUCACAACAGUUUCAUUCAUGGGAGCUUAAAAUAGGUUUACGCAUAUCAAAGCGAAGUUUGCUUAGUAUGGGGUGCUUUUCCCGUCUAUCUGUUUCCGAAACUGACGUACACAGCGGCGCUCAAUCGAUACGUAACGCACACAGGCACAAGUCCGGGGUUCCAGUGCGCAUGCUUACAACCUCGUACCACGGAACCCUGUCACAAAACAACUCGACAAGAGUCUAUUUUCCGUCGGAGCGUGCAGGCAUUUGAUUCCCGGUGUAAACUGAGGUCCUGAUGUCCUAUCCAGUAUUGUGGUACGCGGUUGGAAGCCCCGCCGCUUCGUAUCACGACUUUCCCAGUAAACAUCACAUCAGCUGGUCGACUACGCAGUCUCAAAUGCUCUCGAGAUAUGGCUCAUAAUUUUUCGCAUUUUCAUUACAAAUCAUUGAUACCUUACUGUGAAGUUUGUGGUAAAGUUAGUUGUUAGCGCUAGGAUGUCGUGUACGUAUCCGCCUGCAGUGCCACUGCAUAGACUUAAGCCGUCAGGUCGUUAACUUAGUGCUUAGUGGUUAUAAAGAUAUGCGUUUAUUGUCAAAUGCGUGCCACUUACAAGACAGAUGAGUGCACUCCUAAACUCCCUGAGGAGCUUGGCAGGUGCAUCGAAGGCCAGCUCAGCAGGCGAAAGUGGUGCUCGUUUCGGAGUGACGCCGGGCGGAGGCGAAGGCCCGGGCGAGGGCGGCUACGCAGAGUGGCUGCAUGCGAUGCGCCUGGUCGCGCGCCUCCCCGCCGGCGUACCUCAACAUUUCCGCAGAAAGUUAUGGCUGACGUUGGCGGAGCGUCAUUUGACGGCGAGGGGUAUAGACUGGCCGUCUGCGGAGCGCGGCUGCUUCCGCGGCACUGCACAGCCCGAUGACACCGAGCUUGGCGCGCAAAUACUCAAAGAUUUACAUCGCACUGGAUGCUCUCUAUUCUGCGGCGCAGAGGGUCGAGAGAAUCAGGCGAUGCUACGAAGAGUGCUAUUGGCGUAUGCGAGGUGGAAUAAGGAUGUCGGAUACUGCCAAGGUUUCAAUAUGUUAGCUGCCAUCAUACUAGAAGUCAUGGACAAAUCAGAAUCGGACUCGCUAAAGGUAAUGAUAUACUUAGUGGAAGCUGUGCUACCUGAGGGGUACUUCGCAGACGACCUUCGAGGCUUGUCCGCAGACAUGGCGGCGUUCAGGGAUCUCCUUCGACUGCGCCUGCCUCGGUUAGCGCAACACAUGGACCAUUUGCAGAGGAUAUCUGAUGGUGGUGGUGUUGAACCGCCUCUACCUGAUGUGUUUACCAUGCAAUGGUUCCUUACAUUGUACGCCACCUGGCUGCCCAGGGAGUUUCUCUUGAGGAUAUGGGAUUUGGUACUGUUGGAUGGCAAUGAAGUGCUGCUUCUAACCGCGCUGGCUAUAUGGGAUAUGCUCCAAGACCGUAUUCUGUCAGCCCGGUCUGCGGAUGAGUUCUACAGCUGCAUGGGUGGUGGCGCCGGCGCCGUAUGGGAGGCUGGUGACUCUUUGGUGGCGAGGGUCGUGGCUUUCGGUUCUGCACCGGAGCUGCCCCGGCUCCGCAGCCUGCAUAGAUACCGUGUGGCCCCACCAGCUCCGCCCACUUCAGCUCCCAUAUACCAUCCACCGUUACAUUCUGCAAUGCAGUCAAUGACAAAACGUGGUCUACGCCUGUUUUAUUCAGAAGAUGAAGGAGACUCCAGUGAUGAUGGAAACAAAAUGGCUUUGGCCACGUUCGUACCUCGACGUGAAGACCGGUUAGCAGCAGGAGACAGACUGUCUUUGGAUAUUGGUGCAUUGAAACGUCAGUACGCUCGCCUAAGAGAACGACAAAGACAAGCACAUGUUAUACUAGCCGCAGCUUGUGCCCGACAUGCUGCAGUGGGUGUACCUACCUCCCCAACGUCACUCACAGUUAAUAACCUUCUUCUGGGCAAAAGUGCAUUAGUCAGCUCUAGAGGAAGAAGACUUGGUCCGCCUCCAGGAGCGAUACCACCAUCGCGGCAAACAUCGACACAUGACAAAUCAGAGCAACGUUCACGACAAUCGAGUGACACUAUCAGUUGGAAUGAAGAAAAAAGCCGUAAGACCCUUAGCAGACGAAAUUCUGUUAAAUGGAAAGAUAUAAAGAAAGAUAAAGUGAAACAAAAAGAAAGGAAAGCUUCCAUUGACUUAGAUGAAGCUGGUGAUGGAAUUAUUGUUUCUGAAAUUGAAGCUAAUCGAAUGAUAGCUAAUGUAAGAUCUCGUAGCUCGAGUGAAACAUCUUCUUAUUCGUCACACAGUGCUUCAAGUACAGACACAAGUUUGUGUGACGAAAAUGAAAGAGGUAGUGAUUCCGAACCAGAUAUCCCGGAUGAUGAAAAAGAUAAGAAUAACUUGAAUACUAAGUAUAAAAAUAUUUCUUCUCCACCAACUGCUAAACCAAGCAAAAGUAGUCAUUCUCUAACUAAAAAAGAACCUGUUGUAUUACGUACUCCUGAUAGGGAAACAACAAUGCUAUUGGAUGAUAAACCUAUUAAAAAUAUAUCGGAAUAUUUAGAUUCUGCAGCAGGUGAACCUUUGCGCACUUACAUUGAUGGAUUUGAAAGCAAGUUAAACGACAGUUUGAAAAUUACAAAUGAUGUCCCUGUUUUCAAUCCAACCAGUAUAUCUCCGUGUUCUCCACGUAUGACUUCUGAAAGAAAUGAAGUUUUACAAAGACUUAAUAGAACAAAAUAUGAAGAAAAUUCCACAAGUAGAGAAAUCACAAGGCCUACAAGUUUUACAAAGUCACCAAAUGUCUUUACUGAACUCAGUCCUAUUGAUUUAUCACCGUGUAAUUGUGGCGUCGGCCCCAAAUCUCCUUACGAAUAUGAUUUCGAAAAAAACUUCAAGCGACCACCGUUAACCGAGCCUGUAUCCAGACCACCCGAUAUCAUCGAUAGUUUCACGAUGUAUCCAAAUUUUGUGCCUGACAUAGAUUUAUCUGAUAAGAAUGUAUCUGACUUUGAAAGUCCGCCAGGAAGUCCCGGCAGUGAAAGCAUCAUAGUGAGUGAAGAUGAACCGCCAAUACCUUUAAAAAUUGAUAAAUACUUUGAACAUAGUCCAGAAUUUUUUGGUGCGCGAGUUACAGAUCCUAAUAGUUCAGACAUUCCGAAUCGGCGUUCUACUAAAAGGUUAUCACGCCUACCAAAGAAGCCAGACUCAUUAACGUUACAAAGUAACCACAAUGAUAAACUUAUUAAAGAAGAAGCUGAGAGAGCAUCAUCACUACCACAAAGUCAUAGUUUUGCAAAGAAAAUUAGCGAAGAGUAUAAAGAACCAGACUUUAUUGCUGCUCAGAAACGAGAAACUCCUGAAACAAGCAAAGAAGAAAGAGAUAUAUUUUCCCCUAAAGAUUACAUUUUACAAACAGGACGAAAAAAUAGUGAAAGAGCCUUACAAAUAAUUCAAGAAAACUCCAAAAUCCUAAGUCGAAUCUUAACAAAGCAAAACAUGGCCGAAGUAAAGAGUCCUACGAAGUACCAAGUCACAAAAAGUGAUGAAAAUGUUCUCGAAAAACAACGAAAUAGUUAUUCUAAGACAGUUCCAGAAAAAACUGUUGAAAGUCAGCUCAUUGAAUCACCUUUACUAAAAGAAUCUACCUCUGAUUCGCUAAUAGGUUAUAGAAAAAGAAGUGUCAAUGUAGGAUCAACUGAAAAUAACGAUUUUGUGCGAAUUCGACCUAUUUCCAUUGAUGACCCCUUUUCUUUAGAAAUUCGAAAUUCGACAACAAGAGAAGAGGAAUUUUCAAUAAAACACACAAAAAGUCCAAGUAGUGAAUGUUUAGGUAAUAAGACCGAUUUAUAUGGAUGGGAAAAUAAAGGGUUUCUAGCAAAAUGUGAUCAUAAAAGUUUUUUAGAGAAAACUGAAAAUUUUGAUUUCGAUUAUCAAAGGAAAGCCAGUGAUUUGUCAAGUUACGGUGACUUAUCAAAUAAAGACCUCAAGCCUGCAACUACAUCUGACUGGACUCGUCAUUCUUUUUCGGGUGAGUCCAAGGCGUCAGUAACUUUACCGUCUUCGGAACCAAAAGAUACGUCAACAUACGAGAAGCGUUUUACUUCCGAUGACUAUAACUAUCCAUUUUCAAGCAAAUAUAAUGACUUUGUGUUGUCUAAAGCUAGUGAUAUUUGUAGCAAAACGGUUAACCAAGGACCGAAAGUUUGCGAAAAUGUAUCUAAGACUGAUAACAGCCAAGUUAGUGACUUUGCUCAUGUUGUGACCUCUUCUAUUAGUUUCACGUAUGAACCAUCAGCAGAGGACGACUCGCCGACUGGAGCCAAGAGCAACUCUAGUGAUACUUUAUGUCAAAUCACGUCGCUAGAUCAAGUAUCCACUCCGAUAUCACCUAAGAUAUUCCCAAACAGAGAAACUCCCACUAUUCCUAAAGACUAUACAGAAAAGAGUGAUAGAACAAAAGUGGAGUCAGACGAUACUUGCAGUGCUAUCACGUCGCUCAUUGAAACAGACACGUUGUCCUCUUUGUCUUACCCACGCAGUCCUUCAACAGGCUCCUACCACCCCUUCCCCACACGUCCUGUGCUUCGCAUGCCCAAAGAGUUAGGAGUGAGACUGGGCAUGUACCCUAAAGAUGUGAUCAAUUCUCCACCAAAGUAAGAGUAAUAAAUCAAGUUAUGUAUUAAAGACACUAUUUCUAAGGUUGUUUUGUCUUGAAUUAACCAAGAUCAAUUUUAAUAUGUACGUGAAAAUAUUUUUAUUGAUAUUUUCUGCUUUAUUGAUAAUAUACCUAGAUUACUUGAACACAGAUUUUUAGAACUUUAUUAUUUUAAACUAGUUUUUCGGUUUUAAAUCAUGUUAUGUUAUUACAACAUUUUUGAAUAUGAAUCUUACCUGCUGCUAGUUUUCGUAUUUAAGUAUUUGUUUUGUGUUAUAUUGUAGCUUGAGGGCUGGAAAUGUUUUCUCUAUUAAUAUUACAGUUUAGAAAUAUUAUACGUACAUUUGAAAUGCAAAAUGUUUCACUAAAUAUAUUUAAAGGCACGAGGAAGUUUAUAAAUUAAAAUUGUUAUGAAAUGUGAAACCUUUGGUAUUUCAGAUAGUAAUUUGAGCUAGUAACAAAACAAACACGUUGCCUUGAAUCCAACUUAAAUGUUAUGCGUAAUAAUAAUAAUCAUUCGCAAUAUUAAAUAUAUGUACAAUAAUAAGGUAGAUAGAUUACUGUUUGAAGUCAAUAUUAUUUACGGCAAUUACUUAUUUGUACUGCUAUAGAAUAAUGUGCAAAAAGAAGAAGAUUAUGUUGUUAGAGACAAUAUUUUAUUCUACGACAGUAUUGAGAAAAUAUACAUAAUGCGACAGAUGGUCAA